GCCGAGAAGGACCAGAGUUCGAGUAUCCAGUUGAUUGAGGUUCAGGAAGAGCUAACUGCGGUAAAGCUGCGCGAGGCUGAGAGUGUUUUGCGUCUCAAGGAACUGCGUCGACGAGUAGAAGAACUGGACGGACUCUGGCAGGUAGAUAUUCUGAAUUUGUCUGUAAAACUGGGCUCGCAGUCUCGGUCAAAUUAG